CUGCGUUGGUUUGUCUUAGAGGCUCUAGGACAAGAAGAGUGCCACGCCGACAUUAACAAUGUUGAUAUUGAUGUCGAAGUUGUUGAAGGAGCCAUUCAAUCGGACUGUUGAUGUGUUUCCUUACUUUUAAAUGACAAAUAUUCGUCAUUAACAGAUUAUGAACGCUGUUUGUGAACGCUGCCUUGAAAAUUGUUAUACUUGAAUUGUUUUAAUUGAAUGAAAUGUAUGUUCUUAAUUUGAAAAAUUUUUGUUUAAUGAAAUGAAUUUUUUCUAAUCCAAACUAAGUGUUUUUUUUUUUUAACGAAAGGAAUUGUAAAUAGUGUUUUGACGAAAUUUAUUUUUUUAAAAAGUGACUUAAUUGUAAAUAGGAUUUUAAUAGUUAGCAUUGUUAUCAAUAAUAUAUGUUCGAAUAAUAAUAAUAAUGGUAAUAAUAACAAUAAUAAUAAUAAUAAUAAUAAUAAUAGUGAUGAUGAGGAUGAUAACAAAAUUAGUUUCCAGUAAAAACUAAACGCAGCAAAACUGUUUACAAACUCAUCAAAAUAGCCAACAAAACUAUUUUCUUGAGAUGUCGACUUUUUAAUGAGGGUGCUAAUUGGGGUACCCAAUUCUCAGUUAACUACUAAUUUUUCGGCCAAAUAUCGGUUAACUUACUAUUUUUUAGCCAGUUUUCAGUUCACUUACUAAUUUUAUUUAUAGUAUGAACCUUCACUUUCCUACAGCAAAUAUUAUUCUGUCAUAACCCGAAUUUCUUUACUUCAGCACGUCAAUCACUUUUGGGGGUAGGCCCUACUAAAAUCAAGGUAUACAUUUGCAUGAAUUCACACUAAAAUGAUACACUCCGCCACUAGUACAAUUUAUAAGUAACUGAAAACAUGGAAAAGAACAUAAUUAUCUAACCUACGAAGCAAAAAUGGGUAAGCGAUAGCUAGUAAGACCCCAAUUUACCGAUUUUUGCUGUAAGUACAAAUUAGAUCCACGUAGAUCUAGAGGCACCAGUGAUGAUCUCGUACUGAUCUUCCCGAACUGGUCAUGCAUGUGCUGCCAUAAACUACUUCAAAGUCACCUUCUUCGUCACUUUCAAUCCAUUUUCAAUCCUUGCAACCCACUGCAAAAGACGACGCGAAACAAUAUCAAUGCCAAAAUAAAGUCUUAAAUAACAAAACUGGACCUUCAAUUGAUGCUUUUUAAACAGAAAGCAAAUAGCAUCAUAUAGUCCCGUGACGCUGGUGGUAAAGAUCCCGCUUUGUCUUGAGUUGAUUCGCUUCUUAUAGUUCGUUGUCAAACAGGUAGAAAGUUGUCUAUCCAGUCCACCCCAUCCCAACUUCAUCUUCUUCCGACAUUGUUUGUCUCGACCGAUGGAAGAGACAUAGUUGAGAGUGCUGAACAAAGGCGUGAAAGUAUUUGACAGGACAAUUCGACUUUUCGUGAGUUUAGCCCACUUCGAAUUCGUAGUUCUUUUAAGCGAUUCCUUCACUCUAUUUUCAAAGUCUUGGCCGUAGUUCAAAGCACUAAUUAGGGCCAAAUAUUUAAGCGAAGUCUAACUCACUGCCGCGGUUUAAUGAAUAUUUGAACCUCCAGAUCAGGCUCAGUCUUUGGUGUUUUUUUUUAAGAAGAUAAAUGCUUUUCUAGUCUUCUCCGUAUGCUUUCAUAAAACUGUUUACAAUAAAUGAUGUUUUAUAGUUAAAAUCGUUGGGCAAAUUGAAAAUGACUUAGAAAGCGGUUUUGUUAAACAGUGGCUAAACUAUACGUUUAAAUAUUUGGCUCUAAAUGUUUUGUGUUGAAUGAAGUGAGAAACCGCGUGAAGGUCUUCCACCUGGUGUGCGUUGUCCGAAGUUUUUUGUACCUCGAUACGGACUUUGUCGACAUCCUUGUUCGCGUCCCUCAGUGUUACCUUUUUCGCAGACGUACCUUUUUCGCCUAUUUCAAAAGCGUCAUAAAGAUAUCCAAAGGUUUUUAAGAAAUGAAACUGUUUCAGAAAGACGGGUUUAGACACGAGCUAAAUAUUCUCAAUAGUUGGAACUGAAACAUCUGUUACAAAAGUGAUAUCUCGUAAGUACAAAUUCCAUGUACUUAAAUGAAAGAUGCUGAUUUCUUUGAGCCAUCAGUAAUUCUCUAUGGCCAGAUCCAAUGCUCAGAGUCACAGCCUUUUUCUUUGGUAGUAAUGUUUAACUUGACGUCCUUUUGGGUCCGUGACAACAGUAUUUCCUUAUCCUAUCAUAGAAAUCUUGUUAAUAUCAGAAUUACGAAUUAUUCGUUAAGUUGUCUACAACGGCAGCUCUAUGCCGGACGCUUUCUGGUUGCCGGGUACUGCUGUGGUGCCUUUUGCACAUAAAAAUAUCAGUUAAGGUGCCACCGGGUCAUUAGCGGGACAGAAAAAAGUCAGAAAACAGCAUUUCUGUUUGCAAAACAUUGUUGCUUUCAUUAACAUCAACGAUCGUAUUCAGUAAAAUUAAUAGAAUGUCACUUAACUGUUAACUUUUCAUUUCUCAGUUAACUACUGUUUUUUUUUUUUACCAAAUAUCAGUUAACUGCUAACCCCAUUGGCACCUCUUUUAAUGUCCUUUGAAAAAACUCAAUGCUUCGCAUGUCUUUUGUUUGACCAACCACAGAGGUCCAAAAAGUAAGUUACAAGCGAUUCUGACGAUUCACAGCCGUACACUCCUAGCUCAUAAUUAAACAUCAAGACUUCAUAUCAAACAUCAAAUACCUUCAAAGAACGCUUGAAUCAGUUAUGCAAAUUGUUUAAAUUCAACUACUUAUUAGUACUUCGCCUUUUGAAUGGAUGAAUGGCCAGGAGCACGAAUACUGAGUGCAGGUAAGGUGUCUCUCCCAACUUUAUAAACUUUUAAUUAUUAUUAUUACUUAUUUUUUCAGACGUAGACGAAUGCACAGCAAGUACCCAUGAUUGUCAUACGUCAUCUACUUGCACGAAUACCAAAGGUUCUUUUACUUGUUCCUGUAACCCCGGUUACACGGGCGACGGCAAAACCUGUAGCAGCGGUAAGCUGUCUUAACCUACUAGGAACUAAAUCUAUCUGGAUUGCUUGUGUUGUAAAUCUAUGGCUAGUAAGUACACUUCGAUGAUCAAUGCUCAUAAUAUGAUAAAGAAAAAGAAAUGAAAAUGUACUUAGGAGCUGGAGGCACAUUGAUUGGUAGGAGCUGCAGGUAAAAUGUCUCCUAAUUGGUCGCAUGAAACAAUGAUAUUUCAUUCUUCCAAUUGUUUUAGUAAUAAGUAUUGUUUGGGGUUAGGGAAACGCACCAUUAAUGACUUCUCUUCCGAGCAGCUGACAAUUGAUUCCACGGCUGCCAUACCUCACAAUAACAUAUCAUAAUACCUUGAAACUUAACAGUUCUGUAGUACACGAAAACCCAUACUACCAAAUCCAAAUUAUUCAUUCAAUGCAAUCUUAAAAUCCAAGGACGGCGUCACCUUUUUCCCUUUCGUCGACGAUCGUUGCCAUUAUUUCUACCAUUGAUAACCUAGCCUUUAAGUAAUAAAUUGCCUGAAGGCGAAUAAUAUUUUUUUAAGUUAGUUGUAGAAAGAACGUACUAUGCGACAAGUCUCCGUGCUGCGAGCCAAAUUUUAAUAAGACGAAGGACUUCUUCGAAAGUUGAAGAUAUUACUUGAGAAUGUAAGCAAAAUAAAAUAAAUCAUGAAAUAAUGUGACAGUUCUAUUGUCUUUAAAAGAAAAAAACAGAUAACGCUCGAGAGUGCGCAUCAUCAGAGCGCUAGCGCUGUCCCUUUAAGCGAUUGUUUUCCUACCUUGUCUCUAAGGUGUGUUAGGAAUGCCAGUACACCAGACGACAACAAUCAAUGAAAAUCAAUCAUUUAUUUCAAUCAAUAUAAUCAAUAAAAAUCAAUAAAAAUCUAUUGAUUUAUAUUGAUUGGCUUAGCCAAUCAACAAAAACCGAUAAUUACUCACCGAUUAUGCAACAGUAAAAACCCUAGCCUCCUACGUAGACGUUCUUAGGGGUUCGUCACGCGUUCCGGUCCCACUAACGACGUUAGUAGGACAGGGAUGCGUAACGAAUCCCUAAGAACGUCUGCGUGGGAGGCUAUAAAAACCCGGGUAGGCAUUAGCUUAAAUGCUGGUUAAACGUCGGUCGCAAGCACAACAAAGCUGUUACGUUAUGUCUGUGGAAAUUUCUAUUUCUUGCGUAGUCAUGGAGUAUCACACUGUCCUUUUAAAGUAAAGGAAGGGGAAGUGUUUUACGUUUCCAAAAAGAGGGGAGAACGGAGGGUACUGAGGCCAGCUUGGCCAUCUCCAAGCCGAUCUUGUCACCCCACUUUAUUCACAUCAAGUGGAUAUUUCCGCGUAAGUAUAGUAAACGGAGAAGAAGAGGAACAACAACAACAAUACCUUUAUUCACCUUGUACUUAAUUAAUUACAUACUCACGUGGAAGAGAAAAAAUAUAUAUUUAUUUUUACUUAAUAAGGCCUGGAGCUGAAAUAAUCCUAAGAUUUUCUAGCCAGUUCUCCAGAAUUUAAAGUUUUAGAGAAUUGAGAUAGAAUUUAUUUCUAAAGAAGCAGUUUUAAAAUACAAUGUAUUAAGAAAGAAAGUGUAUAUGCUUAAGUUAUGUUAAUUAUGUUGUUCUGACAGCAAAUAAGGUUUCAAUUGUUUUUGGAAUUGGUAUGUGUUUAGUUCUUUAAGAGUUAUGGGAAUUUUUUUUCCAGAUGGUACAUGCAGCAUAUCCGAUUGUUUGUUUCCCGUAUUAGUUCGCACUUUUUUUACGUUAAGAUUCUGUUUCGAUGCAUAUCUGGUAUUGUAUUUGUGGAGAUUACUGGCAUAUUGAAAAUAGUUUGAGAACAGCUUUGGCAGGAGGCCUUUAUGCCAGAGGUACGUGAAUUUUAGAAUCGGCAAAAACGUUUGUAUCGUCUGCAAAUAUUCUAAAUGUUAGAGCAUUUGAAAAGUUUGGUAAAUCGUUUAUGUAGAUUAAAAAUAAUACCGGGCCUAGGGAACUCCCUUGUGGAAUACCGCACGUCAUUGUUUGCUUUGACGAAAUUGUAUUUCCCAUCUGUACAUAUUGCUGUCUAUUUGUGAGAUAGCUUGCAAAAAGUUGGAGAGGCACGCCGCGUAUCCCGUAGCGUUCCAUUUUCUUAAGUAAAAAUUGUGUGGUUCACCGUAUCAAACGCCUUGGAAAAGUCCAAAAACACGCCACAGGAAUACAAAUUGUUAUCUAUCGCAUUACGUAAAUUAUCAGCAAUUUCUGCAAUGGCCUGUGAGGUUAAAUGUCUCUUUCUAAAGCCGAAUUGGAACUCGUAUAGUAUUUUAUGCUUUUCCAAGUAAUUAACAAGCUGUUCACAAAUGAUUUUUUCGAAAAUUUGGGUUAGCGCAGAGAGUGUAGAGAUAGGUCGAUAAUUAAAGGGAUCCAUCUCCUCACCCCCUUUAUCUAUUGGUGUGACUUUCGAAACUUUAAAAUUUUCCGGAAAUGUUCCUUGCAAUAGAGAUUGAUUGAAAACCACACUUAAUGCCUCAUAUAUAUGGUUUGCUGCAUAUUUUAUGCAUCUUCUUGGAAUAUCUAAUGCCGACUUGUCUACUUUCAAACUCAUUAUUUUGUCAUAUACUUCAGUCGGGCAAAUGCCACGGAACAUAAAACCAUUUGGUGUCAUAGUUCUAUCUAAAUACACUGAAGGGUCAAUGUCAUGUUUUGGUAGUUUAUCUGCUGAAGUAAAACAGUCUGUACAACAAUUUACACAAAUCACACUACAGCCAAUAAAAUCGAUGUAAAUCAUGAAAAUCAAUGAAAAUAAAGAAUCACUCAAGACUGCGGCUUUGAUUUUUAUUGAUUUUCAAUAUCUAUCAAUUAAUUGCUAUUGAUUUGUAUGGACUAUUGAUGUUAUUGAUUAUCGAUUUUGAGUGAAUGUUAUCGUCUGGUAGUACAAUUUACAAGCAUUUGCGGUACUUACCUGAGUCGAGGCCCUGCGCGUCCUGUCAUGAUUGACUGUUCCUCGAGAUCAGCAAUGACUAGAUCAUUUUCGCUAUUCCCCUCUUUAUCUAACACGGUAUCCGAUAUCUUGACUCUCCUCUUCACUGCCCAACAACUCACUUCCGUUGUUUGGACUUUGAUGAUGAUGAUGAUGAUGAUGAUGAUGAUGAUGGUAAUAAUAAUGAUAGUGAUGAUGGGAAAUUUUAUAGCGAUCGGACAAGGAAAAAACCGCUUUAAAGGCGAUUGAAAAAUAUCGGUAUGGCCUCUGAAAAACUGUAUCGAAUCACCUUAACCCUAGCGACGUUCUUGUAAUGCGUUUUCUGGAACUGUUUCUCGUCCUACAAACUUCCGCCCACUCAACGAAUUUAAAAAAGCAAAAAUGGACAAAAUGAGUGGAAGAAGAUUACACCAUGGAAGAACAAAAUUGACGGACCAAAUUUGCAUUGAUUUAAUCGACAGCAGAAAUGAAACUAAACUUGUACAAGAUUUUGACAACUGCCCAGUUGAGGAAAAUUGUCGGAAAAUCGGUAUCAUGGAUUCGGCAGCACAAAAUCUCAAGAGAUAAAUUUGCAUAUUUAGAGAGAACUUGUACAUGAUACAUGAUAAACUUCGGGAACAAAUUUAAGGGAGAACAAUAAACCAGCCAAUAACCGGACCGGACGCAACGCGCGUGAUAAUCCACUAACCUAAUCAUGCAAGCCAACUGGAGAGCAGGCCAUUGUGCCUUCUUCAGUAAUAUAUACCCGAUGCAGGAAUACAUAACCGUACAUACAUUACCUUUACUUAUCCUCAGAUUUACAUGAGUGGAAAUAUAUGAAAUGACUCAUAUUUUGAACUGCGUCCGGUCAUCGCAAAGGUCAGGGUUCGAUCGAUAUUCCCAGUCAAGCCAUUUUUUCGUGCCAUUUUUUCAAAUUUCUUGGAAGAACAGAGCGCUCGAAACCACCCACAAUACCUUUCGAGAUUGUCGCGUGCACUUUUUCCGACAACCCUUCUCGAAAUAGCUGUAUACAAAUGGAGAGGGGGGGGGGGGGGGGGGGGCAGUNUCCUACAAACUUCCGCCCACUCAACGAAUUUAAAAAAGCAAAAAUGGACAAAAUGAGUGGAAGAAGAUUACACCAUGGAAGAACAAAAUUGACGGACCAAAUUUGCAUUGAUUUAAUCGACAGCAGAAAUGAAACUAAACUUGUACAAGAUUUUGACAACUGCCCAGUUGAGGAAAAUUGUCGGAAAAUCGGUAUCAUGGAUUCGGCAGCACAAAAUCUCAAGAGAUAAAUUUGCAUAUUUAGAGAGAACUUGUACAUGAUACAUGAUAAACUUCGGGAACAAAUUUAAGGGAGAACAAUAAACCAGCCAAUAACCGGACCGGACGCAACGCGCGUGAUAAUCCACUAACCUAAUCAUGCAAGCCAACUGGAGAGCAGGCCAUUGUGCCUUCUUCAGUAAUAUAUACCCGAUGCAGGAAUACAUAACCGUACAUACAUUACCUUUACUUAUCCUCAGAUUUACAUGAGUGGAAAUAUAUGAAAUGACUCAUAUUUUGAACUGCGUCCGGUCAUCGCAAAGGUCAGGGUUCGAUCGAUAUUCCCAGUCAAGCCAUUUUUUCGUGCCAUUUUUUCAAAUUUCUUGGAAGAACAGAGCGCUCGAAACCACCCACAAUACCUUUCGAGAUUGUCGCGUGCACUUUUUCCGACAACCCUUCUCGAAAUAGCUGUAUACAAAUGGAGAGGGGGGGGGGGGAGGUCAUUGUGCCAAGCGCUUCUUGCAGAGACCGUGGAAAAUGGGACUAAGAAACGUUGCGUGAUCGAAGCCACGCACGUUUUGCCACAGGCGGCCCAGACGUAGUGUGUGUCAAUAUAUUAUUAUAUUAUAUUAUAUUAUUAUGGACAAAUUAGUGCGAUGAGUCGUCGAAACUCCCAUGAACUACAAUAGUCCAAAAGUCAAAACAUAACAAAACAAAGUUAAGAUACCUUUAACUGAACGUAUCCUUGUCUUUCCUGGCCGAUGAAAGUGGCAUUUUGUUGAGUUUUGCUAUUAUACCCGGCCGCAUGGCAUGGCCUAUUUUAUUGUAGUGUGCAUUUAGCUGGCAUUUUAAGCAAAACGUUUGCCUCAUCCGAUACUGUGUGUUUUGGUCACCGGCCAGGCGCUAUUUGCAGGUAUUUCUAAGUUUAUAUAGGGCAAACAGAGAGAUUAGUAAGGUUUGUUUACAGAUUAUUUUUGGUUACGUGAAAAUACGCGUAGGUAAAUGUUUGUUUCAAAGCAGGACAGGGUUGUUAAUCUUAUUCUUAUCGGCUGCAACAUAUAUCUGAGGGAUACCAGAGAAUAAAUAUGAAUUAUGGGGACAUAUAAAAUCGAUCAAAAACGACUCCCGCUUCGCGAGCAAUGAAUCUUGAAUUAUGUACUAAAUUUCCUUGCGUGCAUCUUACUCGCUCCCGAUUGGUUCAGAAACAAUCAGCUACUGUCAAACCUCACACACGCGCACUAUCGUGACACAGCCCCUUUAAGCGCUAAUUUCGAAAAAAAUAUUUACCAACAAUGAAAUCGGAAUAUUUCAUAUUAUUGCUGAAUCAUAUCUGUUGUUCUUUGCAAAGUUUCGAAGCCAUAUCGUGUUAAAAACGAAAAAGGUUAUGACGAAAAGUUCGUCACAGCUCAAUGCUCCUUUAUUAAUGACGGAGCCACCUUAAUUUAGGUCGACGCCCAAAUUACAAUUUAGUUCUUCUCAUAACAAUAUCAACGUUUGGCCUUGGCCUCAGUCGUAUUACCACUGUUUAAAAAACAAUUCGAGGAAAAUUCAAUAUUAAGGCCGGUCUUCAAGUACAGACAAUUUUCUGUGACAUUUUUGCUGCCUACAUUUUUUGAUGUGGCUAUUUUAUGAUGAAUUAUUUGCGGUUUCCCAAUCCCAUAGGCCAUGUUUGGGAUUCCUUCGAUUCUAGGUUAGCUUUUAAGGCUAGGAAAGUAUUUACUAGGCAGAGCGUGUUGUUCAUUGGUGCUCCUAAACAUAUUUUCCAACAUUAAAUUUCAGUUUACAAAAACUGUGCCGAUUAUUACAAAGCAGGUCAACGAAUAAGUGGUGUUUACCGCGUCGACCCCGAUAAUACCGGUGCCUUUGAUGUGUAUUGUGACCAAAGAACAGCAGGUGGAGGUUGGGCAGUGUUUCAGAAAAGACUUGACGGCUCAGUUGACUUCGAUCGCGUUUGGAAAGACUACAAACAAGGCUUCGGGAAUCUAAACGGGGAAUUUUGGCUUGGACUGGAUAAGGUUCACCGUCUGACGAAAGAACAAAGCAAGCUUCGGGUGGAACUCGAGGAUUUUAACGGACAAACAGCUUACGCUGAGUACGACUUGUUUGGCGUUGCUGACGAAGGAAAUAAAUACAGGCUAACUCUUGGAACGUAUGCAGGUUAG